GAUUUUCCCAUUUGAGGAAGCAGAUGACGCAGCCUCCGCGCCUGCCGUUCUUCGUCUACGGCACACUCAUGAGAGGCUUCCGCAACUACGACAAGCACGUUGGCAGUUAUGCGUCUCUCCGAUUCGUGGCAGAGCGCGGGUCUGUAGCGAAUGCGUCGCUUGUCCACUUUGCAGCGGGCUAUCCCGGCAUGUACGAUGGAGGCUGCGGAAUCGUAUAUGGCCAAGUCGUGACGGCGGACGACCCUCAAGAGUACGACGCGCUAUUUCAAGGACUUGAUGCCCUCGAAGACUACUACGGCCCAGGCCAUCCGUCCAACGAAUACAACCGCGUCCAAGUCGACGUGGAUUGCGGCACCGAGCGCAUCCGUGCAUGGACUUACUAUUGCGUGAUCCCACUAGAAAGAGCUGUGGACACUGUGCCAAGUGGCGACUGGCGGCAAUACAUGGUGGAUCGCACGCCUUGAAUCAAUGCAUCGUGUGUUCAACGAGCUGAUGCCGCUUUGGCAGCUACUUUAAGUUGGGCUUUCUUUUCGCGAAUUUGAACCAACUCUAUGGCAA